UAUAUAUUAUACUUCAUUGUUUUAUCCUAUUUUUAUGCCAUAUUCACGUCUUUAUUUCUUCAUGACAGUGAAAUAGUUAAGAGUAUACAGCAUUUUUAAAGCGCUUUUUUUGCCUCUGAAACAAGCAUUCACUACUGUUUGAUACUGUUUGACUGUUUAGCAGUUAUACUGCAACUUAAAUAGAAGAUAAAUGCUCUGUUUUCUCCUCUCCCUAUACUCUUUCUCUCUCACACAUCCAUCGCUUUGUUCUCUUAUCUCUUGUUAUUCUUCCUAACCUGACAUUGACAACAUGGUCUUGACCAUCUUUCCUACCUGGCCUCACCUGCUCUUCGGAGUCAUCGAGCCCAUCUCUCUGAUUGCCGGCUGGGCCCUCCCGAUAGUCGAUCUAAACUGGUUUAUCCUCGACCAAGCCCCCAACCCAGAUUUGAUUUCAGACACCAUUCAUCCCAGCAGCAUUGCCCUAGCCUACCAACUCGCCAACCUCUACGGUCUGCUCUUCCUCCUCGGUGUGGGAAUCUGCUACACAACCACCGAGCCCAAGGUUCUGCGCAACUACCUCUUCUGUCUUGCUGUCGCGGACUUUGGGCACAUCUAUGUGACGUAUCUCGCCAUGGGGGCUGAAGCGUUUUUCGAUGUUGCGGGAUGGAACCUGCUAACUUGGGGGAAUAUUUCGAUUACGGGGUUUUUGUUUGUGAAUCGAGUGGCGUACUUGGCGGGGUUUUUCGGGGAUGCUACGGCGCCGUUGGAGAAGAAGAAAGUUUAAUGGGGUUACUGCUUUUGGGACCAACCUUGGUUGAUGAAUUUGCUUGUUUGCAAGGCUAGUAUGGAGUGUGACUUUACUUCUCUGGCAUUUGCCAAACUGAUGGAUGAUUUCGAAUUUAGUUGAGACUAGAGGGUUUAUGAGAAUAUUCCCAGCCUAACUUGUGUAUACUGUUAUUACUGUAGUAGAAAUGAACAUACAGACACACAUACUCGAGGCGUCAAGCGUUUUUAUUGGCGUAUCAACGACCGC